AUGUCCAAGGAGGGUUUUCUGCUAGUGCACGAUGAGGGCCGCCGUAGCCAUAUUUACUACUGUGUGCUCGGGGAAGGCAAGAUGCAGUUUUAUACAAGACGAGAUCGUGGUGUGAUGGUUCGAGAGGUCAUUCUCUCACGUUCAAGGCUCAAAGUGCGCGGCAUUACAGACGAAGAUGGUCGCGGCUGUCCAUACAGCUUUUCCGUUAGAUUACAGCGGUCAAGAAUUCGUGAUGGUAGAGUACUUGUAUAUGGAGCGCCAAUCUUAUUGGUGAUGAGUGCACCCACGUGGGGCGAGCGCAAGGCGUGGGGAAAUGCCAUCCACGCGUGGCAGCGCAAUUAUUGGGGCGAACCGCAGCACAAAAUGCUAGGUUUGGCACCUGAUGAACUUGAAGUCUUUUUUGAAACACAAUUCAAGGCCUUACAAAUGGUGUUGCAAACCGCAGUGCCUGAGUCAUGUAAAAGUGCUGUGGGCAGAGCAAAGAAACAGAGAGCCGCGGCAGCAGCGGCGGCUGUGCCCAAGGCGCUCUUUGGAAGAGCUCAAGCAGUAAAAAACGUGGGGAAUAAUGUGAGCAAGAAGAUUAGAGAAAAAGCGAUCUCCUUUUCUCUGCCACCUAUGGGACUUAGCGUGUCCACGUCGGUGCCGACUGCGUGA